UCCCGUCUGCCUUCCCCCUGCUUCCCAGAGACUCCUGAUGGGCCUCCAAAUAGGUGGUCUGGUCAGAGGAACAGAGUCGCCGGCCGCAGGGACGGCAUGGAGCGGAGACGAUGGGGGUUCCUGCUGCCUCUCCUACUCUUAAUAGCGUCGGCGCCUACAGUCGGCGCGCAAUACGAAAAAUAUAGCUUCCGCGGCUUUCCAGAAGCUGAGCUGAUGCCUCUGCAGAGCGCAUACGCCUAUGCCUUAGAGCAGUACGAGGGCGAGAACUGGAGGGAGAGCAUCCGCUACUUGGAGGCGAGUUUGCGCCUUCAUCGCUUGCUCCAAGACAGUGAGGCGCACUGCCAUAAGGAAUGCGCGGGGAGCGAAAAGUUAGACGCUGGCCCACUUUUUGCAGAACUUGCAAAGGGCGCGUGGACCGGCCCGUCGCCGUCGGGGCUUCUGAAAGGCGAUUCACUUGCAGAGGUUGAAGACAGCGCGGGAUGCGGCGUAAAUGCCUCAGGGGGAACGCCCGGCGAGUGGCUCCAGGACCAGGAAAUGGAAUUCUUCGGGCUCGUCCUCCAGCGCGCCUCCUGCCUGCGGAGAUGUAAGGGCUAUCUUCCUGUCUUUCAGCUCACCUACCCGCCGACCGAGACUUUGCGAGACUUUCAGCGGCGCAUUCCUUACCAGUACCUUCACUACGCGCUUUUCAAGGCAAAUAAGGUUGAGAAAGCUGUAUCAGCUGCUCACACAUUCCUACAGAAGAAUCCCAAGCAUGAGAUGACCCAAAAGUACCUCAAUUAUUACAAGACUAUGGUGGAUGUAGAUGAGUACCUUGUAGACUUGGAAGCACAACCAUAUGAGACGGUUUUUGUCAGAGCAGUGAAACUUUACAAUAGUGGAGAUUUUAGGAGUAGCAUUGCUGACAUGGAGCAUGCACUGUCCAAAUACUACGAGGCCUAUGAAAAUUGCCUAGCUGGCUGCGAGGGUAGCUAUGAGCUCUGUGAAUUUAAGGAUUUCUAUCCAGCCAUAGCAGAUCAUUUCGUUUAUGUCCUGCAGUGUAAAGUGGACUGUGAAGUUGACCUGACCCCAAAUGUAGGUGGCUAUUUUGUCGAGAAAUUUGUGGCUACGAUGUAUCACUAUCUUCAGUUUGCAUACUACAAAUUGAAUGAUAUUAAGAAUGCAGUACAGAGUGUAGCUAGCUACAUGCUCUUUGAUCCUGGAGAUGAAGUCAUGCAGCAAAACCUGGUUUAUUAUCGUUUCUACCGUGAGCGUUGGCAUCUGGAAGAGGAUGACUUCAACCCACGACCAGAGGCCUUGCAUUACCAUAACUGGACAUCCACACAGAAGAAACUCUUGGAGUUUGCCAGGCAAUAUCUCCAGCCGGAUGAUGAGGGAGAGGUCGAUGAAAGAGUCAAUGGGGUAAAAGAACCAGCAUUGCCAUCUGAUGCCGAGUUUGAAGACAUUGGUGACUAUGAAGAGGGUUUUUUGUCUGAAUGGUGGCAGGAGCCCAGAUCAAAAGGAGACAAAGGUGACGAAGAGAGACUUGAUUGAGCAAUAUGCUUCCCAUAAUAUCUGCAGAUGAAGGGAAGGCACUGUUGAUUUCUUGGACCUACCAAAGUAGACUUUGAACUGGCAAGAUGCAUUUUGAUAUGAUUCCAACAUUUUCUGUGUCUUUUGAACCUCACGUACCUUAAUAUCUCCAAAGACUGGGAAAGUUCCACCAGCAGAACAUCUCUGCAGAAUAUUUAGAUCCACUUCCUCUCCUGCAAGUGGGUUGGUAAAACAAGAACAGCUCUGAGCUAAUCCAGGGAGCCUUCCCACUUCCCAGUGGAACCUCAUUUCUAAAAAGUACUGUGAAUGGGCUUGGAAUAAAAAAAAAAUCUCAACACAAAGGACUAAGAAAAAGCUGAUGCUACACUUAUUUCUGGUUUUAUAUAUUUUGCUUUGUGACCUUGUAUAUGUUGGGAACCAAAGUUCUUACCCAUCUAUGAAAGCACCCACAAGUAGUAUGUGCAUAACUGGAUUUUCCAUAUUCCAGAUUUUCAUGGGAUUAAACACCCUGUUUGCCCAAAGGGAGGACAAUCCCAAUAAUUAACUUUUAAGUCUGUGUAUAGCAGAGACCUGGAGGAACGUUGUCCAUGGGGUCGCGAUGGGUCGGACACGACUUCGCAAUUAACAACAACAACAAUAGCAGAGAACUUAUAAUCUAUCUGCAACAUCAUGGAUUCUUUUCACUAUACCCAAUUUAAUGGACUACAAACACAAAAGAGCUAACAACAACAUAGGUCCCUAGACAACAUACACAAAUAUUCAUAGUAUAAUUGCUCUCAGACAAAAGCAAUGGCAUGCCUUCUCCUGCCUUAUUGGGAGGGCUCAUUUUGGGAAGGCAGGAUCUUUCCCCUCUGCAGUUCUGAUCUUCUCUUUUUCUUUCUUUUCCCUUCCCAUCUUACCAUCGUUUUCUGUCUUUCCUGUUACUGUUGGAAAAAGGGAGGUGUAAAUGUGGUUUAUGUGGUUCUGCAUAUGAGAGUGGUUGGUGUGAAAAAAUAGAAUGGUCGUCAUAUGCAUAUAGGAAAUGAAUUAAUGUUAUAAUAUAUUAUUUUACUUGACUAAAGUAGUUAGCAAUUUAACUGAUAAUUUAUUUUGUAGUUCUAGCCCUAAAUUUCUUUGGAGCAACUUUUGAUCUGUGUGUAUACACCCAAGCACAGUUACAUGCUUUCACAUGUAGGUGUAUAGAUGAAUAGGAGACAGGCCAGAUAGGGGACCUUUGCAAAAAUUGUGUGUAUGUGUGUAUGUGUUUGUGUGUAUUACUUUCCCUUUUGUGUCCAGGGAGCAAAUCAUUCUAAAUUAAAGAUUAAUUUCCUUUUAAGUAAAUAAAGUUCAAACAGUCAGAUCUUUCCUCUGAAAGUAGGAGUCAGUUUCUUACACAAGAAACAUGAAAAGUGAGCAUGGAGAAAAAUGGUCUGAGGAUGAGGGCUCUGCACUUUUAGAACUGGGGACAUGUUCAGCUCAAUAAUUAGCUUUCAGGACUAGAGUUGCUUUAAUGUCAUUCAUGUGCAGGUUUUACUCCUAUCUUUUACUUAUCCAUAAAAUUUUAUGUAUGUCACUCAUCCCACAAAACUGGGCAAUAGUUCUUUCUACUGUUACUAUUUUUUUUAAUGAGGGUGAAAAUGCUUGUAGGUCAGCUGCAAAUCUUCUAACACAUCCCAGGCUUUCCUUGUGUUCAACCUUGCCUUGGAGCUUUUCAAGAAUCAGACUCCCAAGACGCUCAUGUUCUCCCCACGUGUGCACUGAGAACCUGCAGUUAAUGGGCUAUUCGUUAGCUUUUCUGAAAGCAGUGGUAUUUUAAAACAAUUUCAUCAAGUGUUUUCUUUUUUACAUUCAAAGAGCUGCCUUUGUUUUUCAGUUAAUUUAAACAUUUUAUUUUGUACAGAUUUUUUUAUUAGUUAUAGCUAUAUUUUAAUAAAAAAUCUCUCCUAGUCUGUCUGUCUUCAGGGUAAGUUUUUGCUGCUGUCAUCCAAAAUCUGUGAUAUUUUCUUCCUUGAGAUAUUGAGAAAGCAUGCCUUUGUAAUUCCUGAAAAAGGAACAGUUUUGGCUGGGAAACUCUGGAUGCUGGUCUAGUAACAUUUGGAGAAUGUCAGUCUGCACAUGGACAACUAUUCAUGAUGACAAAGAUGGCAAAUUUAAUACCUGGAGACAGCAGAAUAGAAGGGAAAGAAUUGGAGAAGAUAGCAAAAUACAAAGACCUGCAAAUAGAAAUAGAACGACUCUGGCAAAAAAAAAAGCAAAGGUCAUUACCAAUAGUAAUAGGUAUGUUGAGUACAAUCCUGAAAUAAUUGGAGCAUCACUUAGAUACCAUCAGCAUUGACAGAUUCACCAUCAGUCAAUUACAAAAGGCAGCUUUAUUCAAAACAGUUUACAUCCUGCAACAAUAUCUGUAACACCACCAAACAUCCAUAUCUGCUUAUCUCAGUUCCUUGGGAAGGACUCAAUAUGUGGACAAAAAUGCCAAAUCCAGUCUGAACAUCUGGUUGACUGUGCGAUGAACCAUAAUAAUUAAUUGGAUGGGGAAACCUCAGACGCAGUAUAUUUUAAACUAUAUUGGAACAAAAUCAUUUGGCUACCUGCUAAGUUAAAAAUGGUAUUGCCUUAAUUGGUCAGUUAUCAUCUGCAGACUUUAGGUGGUCUCAGAACCCAUCCUUAAGCAAAAUGACAAAAAUCUAGAAAAACAGAGAAAAUUGCAACAGGUAUUCAUGCCAGUUUAAUAUAUUUCCUCCUCUUUUUCUAUGUAUUUAUCAUUUUAUUUGAAGAAAUGUUCAGAAAAGCUUGAAAGAUUGCAAUUACAAAAUUAUGGGGGCCAUAAUAAAAAGUGUUACAGUGGCAAAUAUCUGUAGCUCAGAUGUAGGAUGAGGGGGAAGGUUCGUUCUCCAAGCUUGUGGAUUGAAAGUUUCGUUGCCAGGCUAAGUAGCAUCUUAAGUGGAGCUUAGGAUAGUUUGGAGAAUGAACUUUCACCCUCAAAGUAUUAUCCCUGUGGGUUUGUGAAUUGGAUUGUUUUAAACUCAUGAUCAAUACCAUUACAACUUUUCUUUAAUGUCUAUGACAUUCUCAAUCAUCCAGGUCAUGGUUGUCCCAAAAGUACUUUUUCCAAAAGGCAAUUGGAUUUUCUUGAUUUCUUUUUUCUAUGAAAAUAUUUCACUUCCCAUUCAAAAAGAAUGGAAAAAGCUUUUUGGAUAGAAACAAAACAUUUUCAGAGAAGAAAAGUCCCAGAAAGUCCAGUUGCCUUUUGGGAAAAGCACCAUUGUUCUUUAAAUAAUUUCAAUAUUACUACAUAAAAGUAGUAAAUUAUCUAUCCAAUGCUAUGGUUAGCUGAUUGGAUGCAGCUUUGUAUUUGGAAUUGACAGUGAAAUCAAUGAAACUUGGAAUUAAGUAAUGACUUUUCUAGUUUCACUGAGCAUUUUCUGUGACCAAGUCUGGAUUCAGCCACAAAUUUUCUACCUACUACAUAAUAUUUCUCAAUAAUAAUCUCUAUAUUCACCCUUGAGUCAUUGAGUGAUAGAUAUAGAAAGAGACAGAGAUGGUUCCACAUCUGAUGAGCUCACUGGUGUUCCCCUCCAAUUUUAUUGACUCACAGUAAGUUUAUUCUGUUGCAGAAGUAGGCAGCUUGGAGUCAUCAGUUUAGCUUCUUAUCAUGGCUCUAAAUUGCUUUGGGAUGUUUUAUGGAUUUUUAAACAUCUGCUUGCAGACCCAGCUAUACAACUAUCUGAAAAAUACCAUAUGCUAAACGGAGUAAUUAAGAUGCAUGUAUUUGUGAACCAGCUUAAGAAUUACAGAAAUUCACAUUAGUCAAUAUAGAUUGUUGUUGUUAGUUGCGAAGUCGUGUCCGACUCAUCGUGACCCCAUGGACAAUGUUCCUCCAGGUCUUCCUGUCUUCUACCAUCUUC